AUGGCUACAUUUUUAAAGACUGAAUACAGUAGAAAGAAAAUGAUUUUUGAGGGUUAUGUUUAUGUCCGUAAUGCUUUUAGUCAAGAUAAACAAACCAAAUAUUGGAUAUGUGAAUUAAAUGAACGAAGGGGAGAACAUUCAUGUAUGGGCAGAGCUGUAACUAGUAUGAGACCUGGGUCUGAAGAUUUUGAAGUAACUGUCACUCAAAAUCAUAGCCAUGCUCCUGGAAUUGUACGCCAACGUUCACCAAGCACUGAAAGUAUCAAAAGUGACAGAACUGAGCCUGGAAAUGUCCCAGACACUUCUGCUUUUGCUGAUGAAAUGUCUGAAAAUAAAGAACAACAAAGCGAUCAAGUGAUUAAUGAAAUUAUAGAAAAACUAAAUGAUGAGACAGAUCAAACAAUUAUUAUUGACGAAAUUAAGGCGGAAAAUAUAACGAUCGGCCCAACACCUGAUCAUACAAUAAACACUAGUAUUCAACAAACAAAUAAUUCACAACAACUUGAUAUACCUCCUUCACUUACAACCGAAGAACCUCCACCUAUUUUACAACCUGAAAUUGAUAAUAUUUCUGUGUCAGUUUCUGAUACAAAUGCUCAAGUCUCCCGACCUUAUCCAAUUCCUGACUCUUAUCUUAUUUUUGUUAUUCUCUUUCUAUUCACCCUUAGAUUGGCCCUAUAA